AUGCAGCAAGUCAUCGAUGCAGCCUUCACUCUGCAGAUCAGGAGGAAGUACUGGUGCGUCACGAUGGUUGUGCUAAGCGACGACAUUGCCUUCCUCGCCGCCUUGGCCGAGAGGUCCCUAGUGAUGACAUCGUCCAGGCUAAUUGCUCUCACUCGCCUUCCAGCACGUCUUUUCCUGGAGAACGAAAAGUUACGCACGACUUUCUCCACUAUGAAUGCAGUUAUUGGAAUCUUUCACGUGAGGAGCAAAAGAUUCACCAUGUACUACCUGGAGCCGUACAGCAACCAGGAGGACAAGAUGACCCGCGCCGCACACUGGUCGCUGAAGGAAGGCCUAGUCCAAACCUCACGUCUCCCUCUCUUCUUCGAUAAAUUCAUCAGGUUCAAGCGGCGUCCCACUCUGAAAAUCGCCACCGAGGCUUUCCACUCCCGCCAAACACAAAAGGAUGGAAGGAACACUGAUCACACGUCUGACUACUUGGCGCAGGGGAUUAAUUUCAAGUAUCGUUACGAGCACAUCCCCGAUGGAACUUUUGGCUCCAAGCAGGACGACGGGUCCUGGACGGGCAUGAUCGGAGCAGUUUUCAGGAAGGCGCGUAUUGUUAUUCUUUGGGAAAUUAUCCACCCUAAUUCAAAACAUCUCCAACAAUCAUAAUUACCUGAAAGUCUUGCCA